GCAGUCGGCAUCAACAUCAUUAAAAUUCAAUAUUAGAAAAUUCUACUUUAAUUAAGUAAAAAGAGCAAUGGAAGAGACAAAAAUGAGUGAAGAUGACUCAGUCAAUGAAGUUGAAAGUGAUGAAGAAUCGAGUUCCGAGUCAGUUGAUGAGGAAAUUAAGCUAAGUCAAAACUUUAUAACUGUUUUGCAAAAAAUAUCCAGUGAUUCUAAGAAUUACGAGGAUUAUAUCUUAUUGUUAGAUAUAGCGCACGAUUUAAAUGACCUCGAUAAGAUUCGACAAUCUAUUGAAUUGUUCUCGAAAGAGUUUCCGUUAUCGCCCGAAUUAUGGAUGAAAUACCUUAAAACAGAAGUCAUAAUUGCACAAACUGAAGAAGAGAUUGAUAAUUUAAUUAAAGUCUUUAAAAAAGCACUCGAUGACUAUUACAGCGUAGAUAUUGCAUUAGAAUAUGCAAGCUUAACAUCCAGAUGUAGCGAUAAGCAAGCUAAGGAGAUUUGGGAUGAUCUCAUUCCAGUAUUUGGCUAUGACUAUUGGAAAGGACGUUUAAUUUGGAAGGCAUGGAGAGAUGAUUAUAUGAAAAGAGAAACUGAUCAAAUAGAAAUGAUCAGAAAAGUCGUAAAGAAAUUUAAGGAAGAACUUUUACUGCCACUGCAUGAAAUGCAAUUAACUUAUGUUGAAUUCCGUGAAUUCCUGGAGAAAUUUGGAGAUCAAUUACAGAAACCAUUUGACAGAGAAGCUUUUGAAGUCGAAGUUAAGGACACAAAAAAGAUUUUACAGAAAGUCAAGCCUUUUGAGAGUAAAUUAUCAAAACUGGAUAAUAAAGCUCAUCAUGAACGUGUAGAAACAUUCAAGAACUAUGUUGAUGAAUGCUCAGAAUUGGAAGAAGAAUAUGUUCAGGUUCUUUAUGAGCGAAUGAUUACAGCAUGUUGUUUAAAUGAGACAGUUUGGAAAGCAUACAUUGAGUACAUCCAGAAUAGAGCAUCAGAUUGGGCUCCAUUAGAAUCGAACAAGUCUAAAAUAUUUUUACAAACUGAUUUGGACAUUGUUAAUCGUGGAUUAAGGAACUGCAACUGGAGUGCUGAUCUUUACAUUGAAAAAAUAAGAAUUUUAGAAACCAAAAAGGAAACGAAAGAAAAAGUCCAACUGGUUCUUGAAGAAGCUACACAAGUUCAAUAUAAAAGUCCAGAUCCGCUUGUUAAAGUCUGGAUUGAGUACCUUACAUAUCUCGUACGGUCCACAAACUUCAAUGAAGAGAAAGAAACAGAAAUUCUAAGAAAUAACUUUAAUCUUGCUUGGAAUUCGUUGGGUUGGCAAUUUGGAAAUCUAGCUGACUGUGACUGUGAAAUUCUCAAAUUUUGGGGACGAAUUGAAUAUUCAAAGCUUAAUGAUCAUAAUCAAGGCAAGCAAUUAUGGAAUACAGUCAUGGAAAGCAAUGACAACUACCUCAAAACUGCAUUAUGGAUUGAAUAUGCUAAAUUGGAGCAUCAAUAUAAAGGAACUGAUGCAGCUCGCUGGAUCUGCAAACGUGCUUUAAAAGUACAUGAUUUAAAUGACGUGCCAUCAAUGGUUUCAUUUUGGCUGAGAUUUGAGCGCUGUCAUGGAACUUUAGAGUCUUUAAAAGCUUGUCAAAGUAUUUGUGAGAAAGUUUUGAAGCAGCACAACAGAAAAUUCAGUUCCAAUAAACGCAAGUCUGACAAUUUCAGCAAAGAAAAGGAUAAGGAACCGAAUGAAAAUAAAAGAAAGUUGCCAGAAGAUGAAAAUCCACAACACAAAAAGAAAUUUAAGGAAGAUACAAAAGAAGCAGCACCAAAAUAUAGAGAACAAGAAAAAGCAGAAGAAAUGGAAAUUGACACAACUAAAGAUCAUGUUCGAGUAUUUUUGAGUAAUUUGGAUAUUACAGUGACUCUAAAGGAUUUACAGGAUACCUUUCCGGAGAUAAACGUGGUCAAUUUCAACAUGAUUGCAAAAGGAAAGGGAAAAACUGGAUUUGGCUACGCAGAACUUGCUUCAGAAGUGGACGUGAGAAAAGCAUUAAGAUUGGAUCGAAGACUAUUAAGUGGAAGACCAGUAUUUAUAUCACCUUGCGAACGUGACAAAACUCACCGUGCACAUGGCUUCAAGUAUUCUACGAAUAUCGAACCAAAAAAGCUUUUCGUAAAAGGUCUGUCAUACAGUGCAGAGAAUGACGACUUACAAAAACUUUUUGGUCCGUUCGGAAAGAUUGUAGACAUAAGAAUCGUAAUGAAUAAAUUCGGUAAAAAGAAAGGAUGUGCAUACAUCGAGUUCGAAGAAGAAGGACCUGUCAAGAAAGCAGUAAUGAAAUUGGAUCAGAUAGAAUUUAUGGGCAAGAAGAUUACAGUUGCGAUUUCUGAACCACCAAAGCCUGACUCAAAAGCACCUCAACCGCCUAUAACUCAAAAUUCAAAGCAAAUGAUUGCAAGAACAGAGCAAAAAUCUAGAAUUUCAUUCAUUCCUGCUUCGGUACAAAAGUCUAACUUAACAGCAUCAGCACCACCGAGCAGCCAGCCUGCAAUGUCAAAUGAUGACUUCAGAAAGUUAAUUUCAAAAUAAUUUUGCAUUUUAUUGGAUAUCCACAUGAAAUAAAUGAUGUGAAAUUUACUUAAUUUUGACACUUCUUUUAACAUGAGUUUUAAUUCCAGUUGCUUCGCCUCCAUAAAGUUCAACUUUUGAUCUGAUUGGCUGGACAGCUCCCUUUCGUCUUUUAACAGCUUUAACGAAUUUAAGCUUGUUCUUGACUCUUGGAUUGCGCAAUUCACGUCUUUUACUUGCUGUAAGACCUUUAUUCUUGGCAAUUUGUCGAGUAAUUUCACGUUUUCCACCUUUUUUAUCAACUUUGUCACCCUCGUCAAUUUUCUCACCUUUUUCAUCCUCAUUGUCACUUUCGGAAUCGUGUUUAUGGAAUAAAGGUUUGCUUACAAUUCGUUCUGUGUCCUUUGACGAAUCUUCAAUGUCCAUUUCGACAUUUAAUUUAAGAUUUUCAAGCAUUUUUAAUUUUGCUGACUUUUCUUCAUCAUCAGCAUUGCCAAUUUCAGCUAGAAGAGUUUCAAUUUGUGGCUUUACUACAUACUCAAAUAUAUCGUCAAGCUGACAAAUUAACUGACGGAACUGAACUAAUCUUUUAACAAUUGGAUGAUUUUUGACUUUCAUUCGUUUAGCUUUCAGCAUCAAGUAAAAUGAUAUAUUUGUACUAUAAUUAAGGAUUAAUUCACUUCGGCACUUGAUGAAUUCUAUGAAUGGAUGAUCUGUGAAAUCUAUUGCCUUAAAAAGAUCCAGUGUUGGCUGUAAUAGCUCUUUAUAUUCUGUCAUUCGAUUUGAAAAGUCUUGAACCAGACCAUCAAAUUCAGGAGCUUCAGAUUUGAAUAAUGCAAGUUUCUGCUUCUUACUAAGAUCCGAUAAAUCAGUUUUUGUGGCACUAAUUUUUAAUUCCUCUUGCUGUUCUUCUUGUGGCAAUGCAAACAUUUCAAUAUUAAAAUCUGUUUCAUUUAAUUCACUUGCUAAUCGUUUCUGGAUGUCAAGAGCUUCCUGCUGUUCUUGAUUUGCUAUUUCCUCUUCCUUUUCAGUGUAUGUUCGGUAGUCAUUAUCGUGAAAAUCUGUAUUGUAGAAAGUUGACUUCUUUUUACCCCAGGAUCUAGUGUCUGGUAACCCAUCUUCUUGCUCAUUGCCAUCAAAAUCACUGUCAGCCUCGAAUUUCUCUGGUUCAUCGUCACUGCUGAAUUUUAAGACUUCUUCAUCACUCUCAUCAUUUUUCUUGUUGCCUUUUCUCACUUUUUUCAGCAAAUUCCGUUCGCGUUGUGUAUAUUCUUCAUCAGAAUCCGAUACAUCAUAGUCAUUCUCGUAAUUUAGAUCCAGCUUAUCAGCCAUGAUUCUACUGUAAUUAAUAUUUUUUGAUUUAAAUGCUUUUUAUGUUUCAAUGUUUACAAAAUAUUAUUUGAG